ACUUUAGCUCGAAUCUCCAGUCUAGCUCCGGACAUCAGCGUAGAUGGUGGAGCUUUUGCAGUGAUUAGGAGAUAUCCCGUCGUCGUGCGCGCUCGAAACAUUGAAGACACUUUGUGUGUUGGCGGUGGCGGUACAGCAUCCCUUCGGUACGCCAUUGAAGUGAAGUGAAGUGGAAUCGGUUUUGUGCUCCGCGUCAGAAGGUCUCUAAUGUCGAUUUGUGCUGGCGUUUUGGUUCAUCCCCGCUCAGCCCCUGACCAGCGUCAGCGUGUUGCAGUGUGUGCCAAGUGUACCAAUGAUCUGAACGUGUUCGGUGCAAUGGAGAGAUGUCCUCCUCGCAUUCUUGUGCUUGGCAGUGCCAAUUGAUAUUUGAUAGGAAAUAAUGGUUGGAAACGUAAAACGUUUCAAGUAAAGUGUUGGUCCAGCGAAACGGCCAUUCUCCAAUUGCAUUGAACUGCGCGUUCCUUCAAACACCGUUCCGAAGUAGGACAUCACAAAAUGACAGACACUAAUCGCAGCAAACAGAGCUAUCUGCACAAACACAACGGAAAGAUCGAUCCGCAAUCAGUGCAAUCCCCACCGGGACAGCUCUCGACAGGCUCGAACACUACCGAACAUGGCCGUGCAGCCAGCCAUACCGGGGGUUCCCUGAAACGUAACAAUAGUCAUCAUCAGCGAUUGAAAAAAUCAAACACAAGCACCCUUGAACGAACCUCUAAUGGUGGCCCCGUGGAGUACGGAGCGGAUCGAACUGGUGGCAGCUUCAGCCAUCAUCAUCAUCAGCAACAGCAACAACAGACCGGAACGACCGCUACGAGAUCCGGCGCCGGUUCCAGUCUAGCCAAGAGCUGGUCGAAAACAUCCAGCAGCAGCACCUCGCAAUCCACAUCGCAUGGUCCGGCGGAGCAAACAUCACACCCACUGGACACAGCGGCCAGCAGUGGUCGACCUCCGGGGACAAAUUUAACACCCACCGUCGUCAAAACGGAAGCAUCGCUCAGUGACGAUUUUAAACGCUUCCACACACUACGCAACAGCUACGGCGGCAAAUCCAAUUUAAAUGUAAAUAACACCGACCAAACGAUAAAAUCGCAGGUCCUGCUUCACCAGCAAAAGCUGCGAGAGUACUCGCGACAACUUCCAGCACAGCAACAACAGCCGCACCAUGACAACGAUAGCUACUCAACCUGCUCCUCGUCUCAGUCGGACUACCAGCAUCCCCAGCAACCGCAGCAUCAUCAGCAGCAGCAGCAGCACCAUCGCCACAAGCAUCACACACACUAUCGUGUGCAUCACCAUCAACACCAUCAGCAGCAGCAGCAGCAGCAGCAACAUCCCAAUGUCCAGCUGGCUCAGACCAUCUACCCCAUCUCUGCCACGGUCGCCGCAACUGCCACAUUGACACGCGCUGGCGGUGGAGGUUCGAUAUUGAAAAAUGCCAACAGCAGCACCAACCAUCAGGACCCGGUCGGUAGCCGGAACAGCCUCAAACGAGGUCCGGGUGGAUUAAGCACGCUGUCACUCUGCAGCUGCGACGCGGAAACGGAGAUAAUACCGAAUCCAUUAAGGCCAUUAUAUCAGUACAGCCUGGACAGGAGAAAUCCUCGCCAACACACCUACACGUGCGAGCAGAACGCACAGAUUCUGCUGCGACUGGAAAAGGACCGUCAGAAGAAGUUCGGCUCCAUGGGAAAGUUGCAUCUCACCACAUCAACCGGCGACUUGAGUGUAGCACCCGCAGCGAUGCAACGACACUCGAGCAUUACGGGUGCAUCCGUACCGACCUCUUCCGUUUCGACUCCCACUCCAACGCCUCCUCCACCGGCUGCUCCCACUGGGCCGGCCGGAAAAGUCAGCGGAAAUGCGUGUAAGGUGGCCGCCAACGUACUCACAUUCGACUGCCAGCAUGGAUCGUACUCUCGGGGUGAUAAUUAUACGGAGGACGACUCGUACAGUGAAGACAUGAUACCACCUCCACCACCGCCACUACUCAACCGACGCCCUUCCUACGGAUUCGGCUGUGUGGUGCAGCAACCUGUUGCAUCCGGACCGGAACCGACACACGCAUACCAGCAGCCAAUGUACGACCCGACCGCCCAGCCCGCCAUACCACCCGCCAACGUCGACGUGUACGGUCGUGAAGUGGACGGACUGAUUGGAACUAUGAAUCAGCCGGAUCUCUUCAACUUUGCCUCCAACACAAACGGCUCGUUGAGUGGGACACUAAAGUCAACAUUGAAAUCCGCCAAAUCGUCGACAAACGGUAAAACAACUUCCGGCUCAUUGCCCAUGCCCGCCGAUGGCAAGUCGAAGCUGAACGACCCACUUCCCGUUAUGAUGGUGGACCUGAUGAACGGUAACGGAACGGUCGCACCACCGCUUCCGAAUGGAACUGACCCGACCGGCACGAAGCCAUAUCCGCCUUACUAUUUCGAUGAUAAUUAUCUGCAUCACCACUACUACUACCGGAAUGGGGAGACCGGUGCGGAUGUGCCACUGAAGGACGCUGGGCUGGAUGCAGCGGGGCAGAUGUAUCUCUACCAUCAGCACCAUCACCAUCCGGACGCGGUCCCCGCUGGCUACAUUACCAACUACGAUGCGCUGAAUCUUCCCGCGAAGUACAACACAAUCGGAGCGAAUGGAGAUUUACCACUGGCGGGACACUUUUCCGGGCUGGCGGGAGGCGGUGUCGGUCACCAUGCAAGUUCCUGCAACAUCAACCAGUACUCGGGCUCGACCAAAAGCAACCUCAUCGCAUCGCACAACCAUCACUUCUCCAACUCGAUCAGCAACUUCAACUUUAAUCCCUCGCAGUACUUUGGUUCGGCGCUGGACCCUCCGCCCGGGACGACCAUCAUUCCUGGCGGCGUGAUGGGAGGGGUGAUGGGUGGUGGUGAUGGGUUUCCUUCGUCCUGCAGCCUUAACGGAACGCCCAACAAACAGCAGCCGCAUCCGUGGAAACAUCGCCAGUGUCCGAGUCGAGGUUCGAGCAGUACCGGUUCCGGAUCAUCAAAGUGGGAUCUUCCUUCGAGACAGUGGCUAGCGGUGACCUCCAUACUUCUGAUUGCCGGAGCAGCCGGAGUAGCCGUCCCACUCGCGCUCAAGGUUUCGUCCGGUGCGCCCCUCGAGGAGCGGAUGCAGGUCGCUACCCAGCUGCUCGACACAGUGCCUUUAAUCGAUGGUCACAACGAUCUACCGUGGAACAUACGGAAAUUCCUUCACAAUCAGCUAAACGAUUUUCGAUUCGACGAUGAUCUCAAGACGAUACUGCCCUGGUCGAAGAGUGCCUGGAGUCAUACGGAUUUGCAACGGCUUAAGCGUGGUCGAAUUUCUGCUCAGUUUUGGGCAGCGUACGUGCCCUGCGAAGCACAGCACAAGGAUGCAGUCCAAAUCACGCUAGAACAGAUCGAUGUAAUUAAAAGACUGACAGAACGCUACUCUCCUCAUCUGACAUCCUGUGCAUCCACGUUCGAUAUCAUACAGGCGCACAAAAACCGUCAAAUGUGUUCAUUAAUCGGUGUGGAGGGUGGCCACUCGCUCGGCGGUUCGCUCGGUGUGCUGCGCAUCUACUACGCCCUCGGCGUACGGUACAUGACGCUCACCUCCACCUGCCACACCCCGUGGGCCGACUCGAGCAAUGCGGAUGCACCGAAGUAUGACAUCCGACACGGUGGACUAACGGCUUACGGCAAGACGAUCGUUCGCGAAAUGAACCGCCUCGGCAUGAUAGUGGACCUAUCGAAGUCGUCCGUCGGUACGAUGAAGGAUGUACUGGCGACCUCGCAGGCACCGGUCAUCUUUUCCCACUCGUCCGCUCACGCACUGUGCAACUCGAGCCGGAACGUGCAGGACGAGGUGCUCGAGCUGGUGACGAAAAAUCGCGGCCUGGUGAUGGUAAACUUUUACAACAAGUUCCUGCGGUGCAGCGAUAACGCCUCGGUGCAGGAUGCAGUGGCACACAUAAAUCACAUCAGACGAAUCGCUGGCGUAGACCACGUUGGAUUAGGUGCCGGCUAUGAUGGAAUUAAUUUCACACCCCACGAUCUGGAGGACGUUUCGAGCUAUCCACGCCUGUUUGCCGAGCUGCUGGGCGAUGGCUGGACGCUGGAGGAGCUGGAAAAGCUGGCCGGCCGGAACUUGCUGCGGGUGUUCGAGGAGGUGGAAAAGGUGCGCGAGAAUCAGCGCCUGUCCGGCGUUCGGCCGUACGAGGAAAUUCCCCCGGUGGUGCGACCGGAGGAGCACGCGAACUGCUCCACUAACAGUUAAUGGGAUGUCCCACCCACGGCGACCCACGGAACUUCCGGUGAAUGAACGCGUCACGGGUGAUAUUUUGCAGUGGUGCCAAUACUGGUGGACUGGUUAGGAAAAUGUUUUCAAAUGCGAGGAAAAUCCUAUUGAAAUGCCUUUUUGCAAGGGAGACACGUGUAGAAAAAGGUUCCCAAAGGUAAGCUGCUCCUUCAAGCAUUCCCAAGUAGAUGAUAAAAACCGGUUAAGAACGGUAGCGAGAAAGAAUGCACCUUCAAGGUGUGCGGCGAGUGAAAAAAAUGGAACAUUUAAUAAGCGUCUUCGUUCAAGGAAGACUGGAAUGAAAAACGGGGCUGGAAGCUUUUGUUUUUGAGGUGGAAAAAUUAUGUAUACAUUAUUAUUCAUUCUGCUGCAUAUUAGAGCUCAGAUAACGUGUAGGAGAUUCCCUCUAGAACAUGGUUGCAUCCCAGUACAGUACGGAGAGAAAAAGAGAGAGAGAAAAAGGAAGAGAAAACACGCUAUAGACCAUUUAUUAGACCGUCGCCAUCUCUUCCCUCGACUCCCUCGGCAUGUGUACUGCUACUACUACCGUAGAUUAGUGUGUACUGGAUUUCCCCAUGCCUUCCCAAACGCCUCCCCUCUGUCUCUCUCCUCCCCACCGGUAGCGUGUUAAUAAGUAGCGGCGCAAAUGAGAAAUGGCUUAAAAUUGUGCAAAAGCGUGCAGGAAUUAUUAUGCACCGCCAAUGACAGCCCUCCUCCCCGGGGCUGGGGCACAGACAGUAAUGAAGCGACCGAACCAAAAAAAAUCCCUUCCCAGAAGCCCAUUGCAUUUUCCCCGCGGUGUCCGCGGUGUGGGAGAGCGUGCAUCGAGCGGUGUCCGGUGGAAUUUCGGUGGAAAAGCUAAUUAAAACACCAACCCAAGGUGAUUAAGCAUGGCAUGGAUAUACAUAAAUGCACCCGCAAAGGGGGUAAGAGGGUAAAAGGGGAGUAGUUUUUCGAUCUAUGGUUGUGGUGUCAUGGUUUGUGAAUAUGUAAUCAUCGAGGGCACUGAAAUUCAAUGGAUACAGUUCAAUUUAAAGCCUCCCAAAUGGGUGGGCAUAAUAAUAGCGGGCGAGUUUGAAUGUGAUUGCGAUGCAAAAUUGCGCUAUGUUCAAUAACUUCCGGGAGUUUUGGUAUUUGCAGCUUUAAUGAGCUUUAAGCUUGCAACUGAAAGAGAUUGUUUAUUAAAUAAAUACAACCAUCGCAACAAUAGAAAAAAGGGGAAACCAUGGAAUGGAAUUUUUGCUUGCCUCUCCAAAGUAGGUAAUAAAGCAACCCAACCAACACGUGUUCCUAUCCCAUUGGAUGCACCUGCUGCUACUGCAAGUGGUUGGCAUUAGUGACCCUUCUCUCUUCUAAAAAAUGCACUAAAAACACACACACACGUAUACACUUCUCUCCAUCAACUGCUUUAUGAGUGGGUUGCUGUGUUGCUGCGCUCAGGAUAAAAGUCUCCAGCCACCGGAUGAAAGCCCCGAAGGAUGGUAAACUCUUUUUUGUGUACCAACACAGUGAGCUUCCCGUUUUGAUCCGAUGCUACGACGCACACAAAAAAAAAUAGGAAACAGCAGAACACAACAGACACACUCACUUGAGCUACAACAUGUAAAAACACACCCACCGAAGGGGCAACUAACGAAGACGGAAAAUGGGUUUAAUUAAAAUACAAACGACUUGGCACGGCAGCCGGGUGUGUUGUACGGCACUCGGUCUGCUGCGUGUACACCAAGCUUGUCCCCUUGGCUUGGACAUUGCGCUGGACAGUGGGAACAGUGGGGCUUCAAAAGCGACGGAUUAUACAAGCACCGGUGUAACAAAUUUCUACUCCUGCACGGCAGGACAAACGUUGAUUUCCCAGGGCUCCUGGACGCUUAAAAUCCGCCCCGUCUCGUCACACUUGUGUGUGUGUGUGAGAGUGUCCAAGAGAAGAUGAAAGGACAAUCAUUUCCUUGGGGCCAAAUAAAACGGACACCAGUGGCGUAAGUGGAGUGAUAAAAAUAUCGCCCGUAAGACAGUGCGCCAGCGGCCCGAGCGCAUCAUUUGCCAGCAGACGUUCAACCGGGGUUUGCCCUUUCGAUCAACGAUGAUUGCGUCCUAACAUGAGGACCGGAUGAGAAUUACAUUAUGCUUCACUUUGCAUACACUUACAUCCUAUUCCUGCCCCUUUUUUGUUACUCAAAAAUGUGAAGAGAACCCGGCCAAUCCCGUUCAUCCUUUGCUGAGCGCCCCACGUCAGGAUGAUCUCUUGUCCAGCUUGGCAGAAGAAAAACAAAACACUGGGAAGCACAAAAGCAACAUUGGAUUAAGUUAUGAUUAGUAAUUGCAUAAUUAAUGAGAUUAAUUUGAAUUAAAAGUGUUCUAAGAGCGAACCCUGAACAUAGCCCUGGAAGCGGACAGAAUACGUUUUUUUAGUAAAAAAAUAACGGCGGAAGAGCAACGAAAUCCUCCCGGCUGAUUCUUUCUUUGACAUUUUCGGUCCGAUCAAAAGUUUCAUCCGAGAGUGUUGCGACUUUUUUUUUGGUUUUUUGGUGUCAGUUGUUUUAGCCCGUAAUUUAAACUUUGAAGAAUUAUCAGCUCACGAGUGGGGGGGCUUUUGAUGAGCCAAAAGGGGUCGUCAAACUUUGGAACUCUUUUUUUGUGUGUCCGUUUGCCACUCGUGACCUAAUCAUCGGGGCUGACGAUUGGCUUAGAAUCAUUAAUUAAAUAGCAGCUUUCUCUUUUGUUUAUAAUCUUUCCCUCAAUUCCACACUGAAAUGCUAGCCAAACCAAAUUGAGUCAAUUUUUCAUCAUUACCAAUUAUCGAUUCCAAACGCCACUGCCCAAAAGGAAAAGAAAAACCAAUCAAGCUCACGAUUCACGAUUCCCAACGCUUCAAUUACUUACAAAAUUUCAUUACAUUCCAAUUUAAUUGACCUCACGUUUGUCUUCCGCCUUUGCUGGCAGCAAAUUUGCCCAACACCGCACCAUUUGCUCAGCGCUCAGGAGUGCUUUCUUAUCCAUUCCUGCCACUUCGUCGGGUGGGAAUUAAUCCACGAUACGUGCGCCAUGUCCCUCUGCAGAGGACAAUCGGCUUCAAUCGUAGAGUCCAGAGUCGGUCCUGCCCUUCGGUCCAACAUUGCAGGGGACAAACACACCAAAACACGAACCAAUAAAUUAGCUUAAUUGAAAGUAAUCGUCCAAAGCUUUCGUCCGUGUACAAUGAAAACUUGUCGAAUAUUGUUUGUGUGCUUGUGUGUCUGUUGUUGUGCUCGAGUAGAUUUUACAGCUACAGCAGACAGCGCCCGAAAGCACAUUGCUGUGUUCGGUGUGGCCUGGGAAAGUGUAACGCUUUGCUGAUUAUUGUAAACUCUACUGGCCAGGAUCAAACCCGUUCUGUGCUCCUUGUGUGACCCCGUUCCUUAUGUUGUGGUAGUUUACGGGUAUGCAUUUCCCCCCCCCCCCCCCCCAGCUCACGCAACAACAUUGUGCUCGAUGCUCUUCGACGGUUAUGACACGAAAUAGUUUGUCUGCAGCUGCAUACCGCACCUUUUGUGCUGUUUCGUGCGAAACGGUUCAUCAUUAUUAUGGCAGGGUGGUGGUUGAUGGAAAACUAUUCCGGGCAAACAAGCACCACACGCCCAACAACCGGAAGCUUGGCCGUGUGGCUGUCUAUUUUCUAACAAUAUAUAUAUAGAGGAUGCACAAGUUUCCACCGAUGCUGUACCGUGUAGCGUGUGGCGAGCGUUUUUUAUGGCUUUAUUUUGGCUGCCAGUAGGUUGGUCGCCUGUAUUGUGUCUCGAAAAUGGAUUAAACUCGUUCAUUCGUGCAAGGAAAGGGAGCAACAACGGGUGAAUAAUUAAAAAAGUUUUCACAUUGUCACACGUGUGCUUGCGUGGAGCUUUUUGUGUGCCGGAGGGGGGGACAUCAUAGCGAUAAAAACAGGUAUGAUUUUCUCCGCUAGAAAUAACUAUUUGAGUGCAGCAACUCCCAUGAACACACCGCACUUGAAUACAAAUCGAGCCAACCUUUUUUGGAAGCCUUUUUUGCGAAAUUUGUGAAUUUGUACAGCUGUUUAAAAAGGGGUGCAAAUUUCAUUGUGUUAUUCUCUCCCCCCCCCCUCCCCACCAAAGACUAUCGAUCGUGUUUGACCUGUUGAAAUAAUGCCUGCAACUGCAUGCUGCAAAUGAAGUACAAACCGCAUCCGUGUCGAGUGCUUUUUGGCUGAGUUGAACCUCUCGCUUGAAUUGCAUGCGGGCUUUUUCGUCGGGGGUUGGCAGUCAAAUAAUAAACCCAUCGAGUUGAAAAGCCGUUCCGUACGCACACAUACACCCAUCACUCACCCUUCGCAGGAUGAUUUCGCAUUAAAACAAUUGACCUACUUAAACAAACAAAUCCGCCGAUGAUGCCUGGACACGUGGAUAAAUAAAAUCCCGGCCAAAGCCAAACCGAAGCUGAAAUCUCUCCACAACCAAAAAGGCUUCUCCUUCACAGUGUUUGCUCCCAUCCAUCCACCGUGUGUGUGCAUCAACAUAGCUUGAAGCUAACAAAAGAAGUUCCCCAAAUGAACCACAUCGAAUCCAUCGCCAACCAUCCAAACCCCCAUUAUCAAUCGUGCCUCAGUUCGGUGCGGUAUAAAUGACCACCAGUGGGGAGGGGACUGGCACGAAAUAUCCACUUCACUUCGCGUGUGCAUUGUCGCGCGAAAGAGCGAAACAGAGAAUGGCACAACAUAAUCGUAACAAUUGAGUUAAUAUUUAUGAUUUUCACGGUUAGUUUAACCAGUCGAAUGGAAUUCACGGUAAAAACCCAAUGCCACCCUCGGUGGUGUGUUCCAUGGGACAGUGCAAAGACACCUGAAGCACGUGCGCCCUGGGUCUAGUGGUUGACCUGUCCCAUAAGGACGGCGGGCACAUUCAUUGAAGCACGCUCUGGUAUAAAAAUAAACCGAUGGAAAGCUUAAAAGACACGUUUUUCUCGCAGCUUCCGAAACGAGUUGUCGUCGCCGUCGUCGUCACGGCUUUGGCCACUGCCCUUGGGAAGCAACAGGUGGUGGCGGUGAUGGUGGUGCCGCAUGGGAGGAAUCUGCUCCAAAAUCUGAACAGUCGUUCGGAUCGUAUUCCAUGGCCCUUUCCCCCCAACCCCUCCCCUUCUGUUCUGUUUUCUACGACUGGCAUUCUUGACCGUUUGCCAUUCCACGGUGGCUAAACUGGGUGGCUCACAGGCAAGGGUGCUUUUAUUUGCUCUCGCCAUUUGAUGGCACCGCACCCACCAUUCCAUGUAAGCUGCUAUCCGAUUACACGAGACGAAACGCGGGUGAAAAUGAGCAUCAUAAACGGAUUGAAUCGGGUGCUGCUAGACGAAAGCGCGGUACGAUCCGGGCAGGUGUAGAAGCUUCUUUUUUCAAAAAACACUCCAAUGAAUGUCUCGUGUCUUGCGUUCGAUUGAAAAUUCCAGUCUCAAUCGAUUUCGCCCUUUACAUUGAGAUGAAAAAAGCGACAGCAUAUAAAAAUAUCGCUUUUAUUGUCCUUUUUUUAAUAGAGCCCCACAAAGAGACUAUAUUGUUUGCUUGUGGGUUAGUGAAAGGCAAAGGGGACUGAACCGUAGCUACUAAUAGAUGGAGAAGCAAUUUUCCACAGCCCAGUGUCACUUAAAACUGCGAUAUGGUGGUUUAUAAUUCAAUCAGAAGAGGACACAUUCUCAAGCUCGGUUAGUUAGAUUGACUGGGCGUCUCCAUCGGGAAGCUCGUAUGGGUUAAAUGAGUCUAAUUGAACGGAAGUGUACAUUACAUGGGAGAUCGUUUCGACCCACACACUUGAAAGCUUUAAUUAUAGUUGUUAAUGUGAAAAAUGGAGAUUUAAUUGAAAGAAAAAAAACCAAAAAAAAAUGGGAAAUUGAAAUCUCACUUUUACAUUUUAAAUGAAUAAAAAAGCUCUCGUUACAAGCAAUUUGAUAGAGCGGGUUUCCAGGAUUGGUUCCGAACUGCUAUUAAUGGCUCAUUUGGCGCACCAAAAUUGGCCCAUAAUUUAUUGGAUGUAAUUCCAAAUUGACAUUAACGUGGUGGAGGCGCCUUGGUGGUUGACCGCAUGGAAUCACACGACAUGGAAGGUUAAAGUUGAGAAGGGACAAAAUAAAAUAAAAACCCAUUAAUACCACACCCCAACACCAGGCAGAUACAUAACACAACAUCAGAAAAGCAUUGUAGCGCGGGAAAAUGGCUCCAUCGAUGGUUGGCUGACGGUCGGCGGUUGGCGCUUCAACAACAAGUCGCUGUUGUCGAUGUUGCCCGACGGGAUCCCGUUGGCGAUUCGUACGUCAUAAAAAGCAAUCGUCAUCGUUCCAGUUCGAUUAUUCGCCGAUUUCGAUGGAAUUGUGUGUGUGUGUGUAUGUGGAAAACGAAUUGAAAGAAAAGCUGGAAAGUUCGGGUCGUUCUCCGGAGUCUUUCUCUCCCUUUUCUGUGCCCAGAGCGACACGAAGGACGAAAUAAUGAAAUCACACAUUCAAUUAUAACCUUCUACGGUUAUUGGACCGCGUUAAUUCGCGAUCCCUUGUCACUCCCCCCCACCCCCGCCGCCGGAUGUUUGUUGAAAAGCUUAUCCGGUGAACACACACACACACACACAGAGUACGGGUGUGUGAACUUUCGAACGGAGUUUAAUUUCAUUGUUGCACCCGGAAGCCGUGACGCGGGAAAUAAAACUGCACAUUGCACACAUCGACGCUGUUCGUUCGUCUGGUUUUGCGUCCGUGUGGCUUUUCCAAGCUGGCAGGGUAGUGCCGAAACCAUAUGCAAACACCGGAACAUCGGAACGGCGCACCACCCGGGGGUGGGAAAUUUAUUAUCAAUUUGUUUGCCCAAUAUUCUUGCCCGGGAAGCUUUCCUGGGGUGGAAAUUCGUAGUAGAGGUUCACCAAAAUAAUGGCCAAAACAGAGGUGUGCACCAUGGUGUGUGUGUGUGGUGAAGCUGGCCGCGUAUGGGCCCGUGGAACUGCUUCACGAGCGCUCAUUACCAUGCAACACGAUGCAUUUGUUUUUUAGCUUUCUGGGAAGGCGAACAAAGCGGUGGGGCCGUAGGGCAAGGCAACAACACACGCAAUAAAACUCUCCAAUCAUCACUCAGUGUGUGCAGGGAAUUGCAAUUUUCACACAACGUGCAGUACGGGGAAGGGUGGACUGUGUGUUGGAUGAGUUUUUCGCGCUGCAGUGGGCUUUGUUGGAGAGCUUUUGCAGGAAAACACAGUACGGUAGCUGAAAUGCACUUCAUUAAUGCAUGGAAAUACAAAAAAUGUGUGUGUGUGUGUGUGUGUGUGUGUGUGUGUGUGUGUGUGUGUGUGUGUGUGUGUGUGUGUGUGUGUGUGUGUGUGUGUGUGUGUGUGUGUGUGUGUGUGUUUGUUGUAAUAUUUUCCACUAUCAAAACAGAAAAUUGUUGAGUUUGUUUGAAAAAGCAUUAUUCUACGGUGCACGUUAUUUGCGUUAAGGUUAUUUAUUUUUGAUGCGCUUUCAUAGUGCAUCAGUAUUGCCAUUUUGCAGCACUUGUACAAAUUUGAACAGCGGUUAUAAGUCUCAUUAUCGUUGACUCGCAAGCUGAUUGCAGAAAAAAAACCCAACCACAACCGUUUGAAAUGAAUAUUUCCACACCAACACAACACAUCAAACCUAAUCUGUACUGCGAAUAAGCACAUUAGUUGCAAUUACUGUCCUUAAUUAACUAUUUCCCAAGCCACAAACACUGAUUGAGCCCGGGUUGCACCGUCAUGCGCCAGCUGCCAGCGCAAAUAAUGCAUCAAAAUUAGCCCGUUUGAUGCAUUUCCGAUGCACUUUUCGGGGUGUGUGCAUCCAUCACGAUGCAAUGCUUUCCACCGGAGGGGAAAAAAGGCCCAAAAAUUGAAUUCAGCUAUGAAAAUGCUAACCGGAUGGGAGUGUGCUUUUUCCUCCCACACUGUACAUGAGGGGGGGGGGGGGGGGAGGAGGAAGCCAAUGGUGAGCUGGGAAGGGAAAGGAGGAACGUUGGCACAACAAUGCUCUCGUAACCAUAGGACCAAUUAAAUGUUAUUUACGAAGAAACGAGUGAGCAAACAAGUGAAGAAAUUGCCCAUAAUUUAAACAUAUACAAAAAGGCACAAUAACCAAAAGCUGCGGGGAAAUACGCGGACAAAAAAAAAACAAAAGAGACGUUGGUGAAAAUCAACCCGAUAAUAGUGUGAAAUGUGCCGGCUGACGAUGUGCAUUCUGACGUGUAUUCGGUGUUUAAUUAGAGGAACAACGGGCGGCGCGCGCGCCCGUUUACCGUUUUUACUUGUUCAAUUUGUGGGAGGAAGCGGGAGGAAAAUUAAAGGCAAAAAAUGGCACUGCACCAUGACGGAAGGAUGUAUCGGAAGGUUGAAAAAGAAAGAGUAAAAAACGAGACGAGAUAGGCAGCACUAUAUCGCUGUAUAAAUGUAUCGCCCGAGGUGAGAAAAGUAGCAACAAAAAAGGGAAGUGUGCUCAUGAAAACUGAAACAAAAAACAUAUUUGUAUGCUGCAAAAAUGCAUACAACGAAACCAGAAAGCAUGAAGGCAAAAAAGAAAAGAGAAAAGUUUGGCACAAAUAAUAAUAAUAAGCUUGCAUUUGCGAAGAGAAGGGAAGAGAAGGGAAGGCAGUCUGGAACACGUGUACAUUAUAAACAUAUCAGCAACAGUGAACCCCGUGUUAUGGAGCAAAUGAAGCAAAAAUCGGCAACAAAAAAAUCGGAGUGUGGUGGAAAAAAGUAGCAUUUUUAGCCACCGUAUGUGGGAAAAUGGAAAGGGGGGAAAACGAGAAAAAGUAAACAGCACAUAACGAGCACAAACAAUUCGAUUCGAUAUCCGGGAAAGUGUAUGUAUGACGAAAAAAAUGGAACAAAUGAAUGAAAUUACAGUGGAAAUAUUUUUCACGCCAGUAAGAAAAACAUGUGCUUAAAACGAGAGAAAGAGAGAGAGAGAGAGAGAGAGAGAGAGAGAGAAAGCGCGAAAAGAACGCAAAGCAAACAAUGCAGUUGACGGACGAGGGCAGCAGCCUCAUGCUCGGCUGCAUUUUAGUGGCUACUUUGUGGAAUGAAAAGUACGGGGAAUGAUGCUAUGGCAACGGACAAAAGGGAAAUGGGUGUGAUGGGAGGAUAACAAGCGAGCGCGUUGCAUCGUUCUGAAUGAAUGUAUUUUCAAGAAUUUUGUGUUUGUUCCCAAUGUUCAAUUGCAUUAUUUUCAUCCAUUGCUUUCGUAUGCUUUAAUGGGGGAAAUUUUAAAGUCUUUCUCUGUCUCUCCUCACCCUUUAGACGGCAACAUUAACCAGCAUAACGUGUACGCGUUGGCGUCCAUUUGCAUCCGUGUUUGGGGGCAUUAAUGGAAUCGAAUUAAACACGCAGCGGUUGCACUUUGAAUGGGCUUCGCCCCGUGUAAAAUGUCACCGCCACCCUCAUUCGGAGGCAGUGUUGUUUGCUGUUUUGUGUGGUUCGUUCUUUAACGGCUUUUUUUUUAACCCUGUUAUUCGCUGAGCUUCCGAUGUGGCCAAAGGGGAAGUGGGAAGGUGUGAAGAAAGCUCAACCCGCGGAUAACGCGGAUUGUGUUCGUGGAUGCUUAUCCAUCCGGAUUAUGCCCACCCCCCCGAUAGGCAGGUGUCAGGGCGGGGUGAUAAAUUAUACACCCCACGUGUUUCCUGCGCAUUUCUCUGUUGCGCAUUUUUCGCAUCCCACGCGCAAAACGCAUAAAAUGCAUUUUUGUGGCAAGUUUCCGCCGGUUGUUCAGUGAUAGUGGCCGCUCUGUCUCCCUUUUUUGCCAUUGGACAACGCACAUUUAGUAGCUUAAUCGACCGCGGCAAUGAUGAUAUGCGUGGCGUGCUUGUUCCUAUUGCUGCUAACGCUGCUGGUGUUCUCCCUCGCUUUUAUUAGUUAAACCCUCGCGAAGCGAGGGACUGGGGAAGUUACCGGGGGAAAAAAAAAAUGUAGGAACAAAAGUGUAGCGUAGCGUAGUUAAAUUGAUAGCGAAUAGUCCACAUUUCCUGAAAGCGUAGAUUAAACCCUAUAUAGCUUUGGUAGCGGUACAAAAUUACAUAUAAAAAAAACGCGCGCUUCGAGGAAGCGGACGAGCUGACUGAGCCAGAGGCAUAACCGCGAACCACGCACAAAACGAAGGGAAAUGUGGCAAAUGUGGGUUUGCAUUUUAUGUAUUGAACGAUUCAGGAAAUCUGGAUUGAAGACCACACUUUUUGUACGACUACUACUAACUACUACUACUACUAAUGGCCACUACCCGUACUACCAACCACUACUACUCACCCUAUGGAUGUCGAACGCACGGUUUCGAAAAUGGAUUCGAAUGAAGGUGCACACUGCAGAAUUAAACACA